CUAGUGCUAACGGAGUUUUUACAAGCAGAAGUGUGAUACGGAUGUGGGUAACAACAUUUUGAUACAGAGUUCUAACUUUGCGCCUUCGUUGGGGAUGCAUAAUAAGGAGGGUUAAUUUGAGCUAUGAACCCAGAGGAGCAGACGGUUACGUGGCUGAUAUCAUUAGGGGUACUUAAUUCACCCAAGAAGAACAUAGCUGACCCAGAGGAAUUUCUGAAAACAUCUCUGAAAGAUGGGGUCGUCCUGUGCAAACUUAUGGAGCGGCUUGUGCCCGGCUCUGUUCCAAAGUACUGUCAGGAUCCGAGAAACGAAGCCGACUGCAUCGCCAAUAUCAAGGAGUUUUUGAGAGGAUGUACAUCCUUGAAAGUAGAGGGAUUUGAACCGGAGUGCCUGUACACUGGGGAGAACUUUAACAAAGUGCUGACCACUCUGCUGGGAGUCAACUUUGCCACCCAAGACUGUGGCACUGAGAGGUCAUGUCCCCAGUCCGGCACAUCCGCUCCUAGUCAGUCCGCCUCUUCCCACACACUAUCCUCGUCCAAGUCCCUGCGCAGACAAUCCAAACCAGUGGAGAUGUCGGAGAACGGCGGGGGCGGACUGCUGCUGGUGAAGGCGCGCUUCCAAUUCAAGCAGAAUAACGAGGAUGAGCUGUCCUUCAACAAGGGAGACCUGAUCGGUGUGUCGCGCCAGGAGGAGGGCGGCUGGUGGGAGGGCUCGCUCAACGGCAAGACGGGCUGGUUCCCCAGCAACUAUGUCCGCGAGGUCAAGCCCUGCGAUAAGCCUAUGUCUCCUAAAGCCACUCAACUUACCAAGAACUACUACAGUGUGGUGGUGCAAGACAUCCAGGAGCAUGAGCGGGAGUUUGUCAAGGAGCUGCAGACAGUCUUGAGCUCUUACCUACGACCUCUACUGGCAAGCGACAAACUGAGCGUUACAGACAGUGGCAUUCUGGGCGCUAACCUGGAGGAGAUCCUCACCUUCCAGCAGGGCCUGGUUCUGGCUCUGGAGGAGUGUACCAAGGUUCCAGAGAGCCAGCAGCGUGUGGCUGCCUGCUACCUCAACCUGAUUGGUCAGAUCAGGAUGCUGUACCUGUCCUACUGCUCCAGUCACCCCUCGGCUGUCUGUGUACUCACUGACCACAGUGAGGAGCUGGGAACGUUUAUGGAGAGCCAGGGGGCCAGUAUGCCGGGCAUCCUGACCCUGACCACCAGCCUGAGUAAACCCUUCAUGAGGCUGGACAAGUACCCCGUCCUGCUGCAGGAGCUGGAGAGACACGUGGAGGAGGCUCACCCGGACUACAGUGACAUCUUGAAGGCAACGGUGGCCUUUAAGAGCUUGGUGACCCAGUGUCAGGACCUGCGGAAGCGUAAGAACCUGGAACUACAGAUCCUGUCAGAGCCAGUGAGAGGCUGGGAGGGAGACGGAAUGAAGUCUCUGGGUCACGUGGCCUACAUGUCCCAGGUGCACAUGCAGAACGGGACCAAUGAGGAGAAAGAGGAGCGCUAUCUCAUGAUGUUUCCCAGUGUGCUGGUCAUGCUGUCUGCUAGUCCGCGGAUGAGCGGCUUCAUAUACCAGGGAAGGCUGCCACUGACGGGCUCCACGGUAUCCAGACAGACAGACGACACAGAGAACGGCCACUAUGCCUUUGAUAUCACAGGGAGCAUGUUUGAUCGUGUCACAGUGAUCUGCAGUAACCCCCAGGAACUGCAGGACUGGCUGGACCAUCUCAACGCCUACACCAAAGGCGGAAGCCCUGUGGGCACCAUAAUCAGGAACGAGGGGGGGAAACCGGUCAGUAUGGUGGGCACUCCCACUCACCAGUCCCACCUGCCCAUCUUCAGCACCCCCAGCCAGGCCAAUCGGGGACCACUGGAGCCCCCCAAGACCACCAAACCCUGGUCCCUGAGCUGCCUGCGUCCCGCCCCGCCCCUCAAGCCCUCUGCUGCACUGGGCUACAAGGAGAGAAUGUCUUAUAUAUUGAAGGACUCAGGUAAAAGUCCGAGGCCCAUUAAGAAGUUCCUCCCGAAACGCAAAACGGAACGAAAACCUUCCGACGAUGAGUUCCUCCUGCGGAAAAGUACAGCUGCUCUGGAGGAGGAUGCACAGAUUCUGAAGGUGAUCGAGUCCUACUGCACAGGGGCCAGCCUGCAUCAGAACAACACAGCGGUGAGGAAAGAUUCUGUCCCUCAGGUCCUGCUGCCGGAGGAAGAGAAGAUGAUGGUGGAAGAGAUGAAGAACAACGGUCAGACCAUCAUAGAGGAAAAGAGUCUGGUUGAUGCGGUGUACGCUUUAAAGGACGAGGUCCAUGAAUUAAAGAAGGAGAGUAAGUGGAUCAAGCAAUGUCUGGAGGAUGAGCAGAAGUCUCGUAAGGAGCUGGAGAGAGUGGUCAGGAAGCUGGCCAAGCAGAAGAACGACUGCGCCUGGGAGGAUGGAGACCACUGAACAACCCCACACACCUAUCCAUUUACCUAUACCGCAUAUAUGUGUGUGUGUGAGUAAGUGAGCAGUGUGUGACUGUGCAGUGUGUCCAUGCUUCCAUCUCUACAACACAGAUUCAUUUAGCUGGACUCUGGUUGGAACAACUCUCUGUUCUGAUGCUUGGCCUCACACGCUGAACUAUUCAUUAUCUGUCUUCCUGAUCCAACCCUGUUGGAGGAUUUUAAAGUCAUGACCAUGGGUCUUACUCAAGCACCCGGAAAAGCUAACUGAGACCAAUGGGAGGGGAAUAACCAGAAUCGAACAUUCUGAUUGGUUGCAUCCCUUCUGCUGCCACUGUAAUUGGUUAACUCUGAUGGAACCAUUUUGGACAAAGGAUAGAUAACUAGUCCUGCAGUGUCACCAGCUGCAUCGCCACUCUGGACUACUGUGUCUACAUUUCAAUAGGAAAUCUAAUGGGUGCGAGAAGCCUUCUUUAGGUACAAUGGAUGUUUUCUUGCAUGCCCUUGUUUCAGCGGGAGAGUGACUCCCUCCACCAUAACUAGGGCUCAUCUGUCCCACUCUACAUCUGUUACAGCAUUGUUUGUCGUUUGUUUGUUUAGUUUGGUGUUGAGGACACCCCCGCAGCCUUGUCGGGAAAGAGAGAAGCUUGCAUCGAGCUUCAGUGAACACGAUUGGCAUUUUGCGAUUGCACAUUCUAGACGUGAGACUGCAUCUCCAAGAUAUUUUGUAGGCUUUAGAUUUUCAUUUCAGAUAGGUGAGACCUUUCCAUAGACUAUCAAAACGGUCUACUAUCAAAACGGCUCAUGGAGAGUGGAUUUCAAUACUGCUCCAAGCUGGUAUUCAUUUCAUUGAAUAAGGUCCUUGACUGUGUACCUUACAAUCUGCAUGGAUGUACAGUGUUUCUAAGAUAGUAUUACGCAUUACACAUGCUAAUCAAUAUAUAGUCCAAAGCUAUCAGGGAUAUAGAUAUUUAUAAACUGGGUGGUCCGAGCCCUGAAGUGCUGAUUGGCUGACAGCCGUGGUAUAUCAGACCAUAUAUCACGGGUAUGAGGACAUUUAUUUU